AUGUCGAAGAGCGAAGUUGCCUAUCCAGGCUACAGCGGGAAAGCGGCAGCCCAUUUUCAGCACCCUCCUCUAUAUGCACCAAAGGACGGAAAGUGGCCGGAUCUGAAUGCGGCAGACCAUAUUGCACACGGUCUGCCCGUUGGCCCCCAAGAAGAACUCUUCCGGAGAACGGCUCAAGACAUCUGGAAUGCCGAUGCAGAACUCUUUGCCAGGGUGGAAAAGGCCGGUUUUAAGAUUUGGCGUGGCCAACGCGACACCGGGCCUCUGGCUUAUACCAGAAAUGGUGCCUUUUACUUUGACGCUGGAGCCUGCAAAGCUGUCAUUAACGGUGAUAUCAAGAUCGAACAAUGGUUCAUCUCUCAUUUCACUGACAGCCAUGUAUUUCUCAAUGGUGAACGCGAGAGACAGUAUGACCUUGUGGUCUUGGCUACUGGAUUCUCCAAUACUGUCGAGUCGGUUGCCACAGGAUAUGGGAGGUGUGAUUGA